AUGUGCAACGACAAACUUCACCAGCUUCUGCAGGCUCUCCCCAAGUGUGAGCAUCAUGUUCACAUAGAGGGCACAAUCUCUCCAGAGUUGUUCUUCAGACUUGCCUCUAAGAACGGCAUAACACUGCCGUCAGACGACCCGGCUUUUGAGAGCCCAGCAGCUCUGCACGCGCGUUAUCAGAACUUCACUUCUCUCGAUGACUUCUUACAUUACUACUUUGUUGGAUUCUCCGCACUCAUCAAUGCCUCGGAUUUUGAAGCCUUGACAUAUGACUAUCUCGCUCUUGCGUAUUCGCAAAAUGUGUACCAUGCCGAGAUAUUCUUUGAUCCGCAAGCCCAUAUCUCGCGCAAUGUUCCAUACCACACAAUCAUCGCCGGCAUGAAUGCCGCAAAAGCUAGAGCUGCCGUUGACUUCCCCAAGCUCAGUAUCGAGUUCAUACCCUGUUUGCUGCGUCAUCUGCCAGUGCCUUCAGCACAUGAGCUGCUCGACGAGCUGCUCGCCUCUGGUCAUUUUUUUGACGGAACUCUGGUCGGUUUCGGAAUGUCCAGUACCGAACUGGGAAAGCACCCUUCGCUUUACAAAUCUGUUUACGAUUCAGCAAGAGCCGCUGGAGUAAGCAACUUCACGGCUCAUUAUGGAGAAGAAGGUCCUUCGGAUUAUGUCAAGGACGCGCUAUCACUUCUCAAUGUGAGCCGUAUAGACCAUGGCCGACGCUCUGCUGAAGAUGCAGAUCUUGUCGCUCAACUUGCCGAAUCAGCCACCAUGUUGACUCUAUGUCCCUUGUCAAACGUUAUAUUGAAAGGAGUUGAUAGGAUGCAAGAUAUCCCAAUCCGCGAGUUCUUAGACGCCAAUGUGAGAUUUAGCAUCAACAGCGAUGAUCCUGCUUAUUUUGGAGGCUACAUCCAGGAAAACUAUUGCGCGGUUCAGGAAGCUUUCGGAUUGACCGUGGAUGACUGGGGGAAGAUAGCUCGCGGAGCUAUUGCUGGAAGCUGGUGCUCUUCGUCAAGAAAGGAGCAGCUUCUAAGUGAAGUGGAUAAUGUGCUGCACAACUGGAAUUGA